AUGUCCCUGGCAGGAGACACAGGCCAGACUUACAGCCCCCUCACCCCCAGUCUCUCACUGGCCAUCCUCCCCAACUCCACCAUGGAGGCCGCGCCCUGGCAAGUAGAAAACCAGAAGAUUCCCUCUCUGCACUUGGACAAGUACCUCCAGCUCCCUCCAUACCAGCGGCCCCCCGACCCGGCUGGCCGUCGGUCUGCGCCAGCUGCCCGUGGAGCCAGGCUCCGAGAAGAGGCGGUCACCAAGUCCCUUCUGAUUGGAUGGCCGCGAAGUCCCAGCGGGCGCCCCCGCACCUUAAAACUGGAGCAGAGCGAGUGGGAGCUCGAGCCCGCCCCCGGGCCCAGCCCUGCACGCGGCGGCGAGGGCGGCCGCGCGGCCAUGGCCGACCUCAAGUCGCUGUCGGGGGACGCGUACCUGGCGCUGAGCCACGGCUACGCGGCGGCGACGGCGGGCCUGGCCUACGGGGCGGGGCCCGGGGGCGCGGCGGACGCGCGGCGGCGGCCCCGGGAGCAGCGCUCGCUGCGGCUGAGCAUAAACGCGCGCGAGCGGCGGCGGAUGCACGACCUGAACGACGCGCUGGACGGGCUGCGCGCCGUCAUCCCCUACGCGCACAGCCCGUCGGUGCGCAAGCUCUCCAAGAUCGCCACGCUGCUGCUCGCCAAGAACUACAUCCUCAUGCAGGCGCAGGCCCUGGACGAGAUGCGGCGCCUCGUGGCUUACCUCAACCAGGGCCAGGGCCUGGCGGCGCCUGUGACCGCUGCGCCCCUGGCGCCCUUCGGCCAGGCCGCUGUAUACUCUUUCUCCGCGGGCGCCCCGCUGCCCUGCCCAGACAAGUGCACCGCCUUCUCCGGGACGCCCUCGGCGCUUUGCAAACACUGUAACGAGAAGCCAUGA